CGCAUUUUUAGCGCCAACUGCUAUUGGCCUCCUGCGCUCCAUAGGCCGUCUGGUGAACGAGGCUUUCCUGCAAUGGACGAACUGCCGGGCCAGCAACAAUUGAGUGAAUGAAGUUACGCAGUUCCCGUUCCGUUCCUUCGCCUCAUGUUUUCAGGAAAGACUUUGCGACUGUGGAGAAACCCGACUUCAUAACGCCUCCGAUCAGAAACCUCAGUGCAGAAGACAGGUCGGAACAUGACCUGGCCGACACAACCAACAGUCCGCAUCAGGCUUUUUAAAGAGUCAGGGCGUCGUACCUGGAGUCGCCAGAACAAUUCGAAAGGCUUUUUGGGAGUUGUGGUCUUCAUGGAGACGGUCGCUCCAAAGAUGGUGUGAGCUGCUGGUGUGUUGUAAGGUCAAGCGGCUGGGAGCUCCUCUGGCGGAGACGUUUUAGAAGAAGAAGCCCGCCUGCAGGAGGACCAGGAUGACGAGGAAGAGGCGAUGGCGAUGGCAGCCUCUGCUGAGGUGCGGGGCUCAGGAGCGGGCUCCGCUCGGGGUGCCCUUCCGCCGGAGAUGAUCAAGACCGACAGGAGCGGCCGAAGAAGCCGGAAUGGAGGCGGUGCGCUGACCAAGCAGCAACUCCAGGAAGCGGCGGCGGCGGCGGCGGCCCCGUGGCGCCCGCUGAAAUUGUGCAUUUCAGCGGUGCUUUGUGGUGUUUGCUUUUCUCGGCAUGGUAAGUAGGCGGCCGGGUGACGCGCGUGUCUUUGCUUGCUCACGUGAAAGCUGCGGUCCCCUUGCCCAAAAGGGGCGAUUUUCCAAGGCGAGCAGCCGGAAUCUGCGAGUUAGCUCCUGCCUACGAUCUGCUUCUUUCAGGAUCCUCGAGGAGAAGCAGGUGGCAAUGUUCUUGCCUUGGCCACGUGGAAGGAAGAGGCUGGUCCUCACAUUGCAAGCCUUGCACUUCAGUUUUGCCCUGGUUGCCUUUGUAUCUCCUACCCUGGCCAAGAUGGCUCUGGGCGGGUUUACUACUGAUCCUGAGGUUCAUCUAAACAGCAGUGCUGGCAAUCAGACUUCUUUGAAUCCAAAUACUGAUGAUCUGUUGGGACUGAAACUGCAUUCAAACAUGAACUUUAUGUGGACUUAUGUUGUUAUAGGCUCUAAUCUCUUGCUUGUUGCACUGAUUUUCCUUAUCUUGUACUUGAAGAAAAGUCAUGUUCGAGACAGAACAAAGCUUUCUCAGCAGAAAUGCCAGACUCACAAAUAUCAUAAUGCAAUCAUAAUUUUGCUUUUCAUAUUUUUUUUCUUCUAUGUAGGGACAGAAGUAACCUGUGGUUCCUGUAUUUUUACAUAUGGAAAAACCUUCAUCCAUAUGAAAGAGAGUGAAGUAGCUGGUUUGAACUCUCUCUUUUGGGGAAGUUUUGCAACUACAGGGGAUUGCUUUUGUGCCACUUGUGCCUACCCUGGAACUAUUAUCUUACUAUGUAUCAUAGGCACUAUUAUAUCCUCUUUGUUCCUGGCACUGCUUAAUGCACACCUGUUGUCCCUAUGGCUUUGCUCUGCAGUGUACGGUGCUUCAUUGGCAGCUAUCUUUCCCAGUGGCAUUUCCUGGCUUGAACAGUACACCACCAUUGUGUGGAAAUCUGCAUCCAUGUUUGUCAUGGGUGCUGCUUUGGGGUAAAUGUGCAUUCCUGCAGUGGUUGGCUUCCUUCAAGGACACUUUUCCUCCGUCCCUGUUCUUAUGUAUGCUUCUGUGGGAGCAUCAGUCAUGACAGCAGUGCUGUUUCCUGUGAUGUAUAAAUUUGCCACAUCACCUGUUGAUGCCAAGCCAAAUGAUCAUGGAGACAGUGAAGCCCUAUUGUCCAGCUCUCAUCUUGAUGAAGAUGACAAUGGCAGAGAAGGGAAUGAGGUAGACUUUGACGUAAUUGAGAUGAGUGACGCUCUGAGGAACUCUGUCAUGGAGACAUCCAAGAAGAUCCAAGGGGAGUCUUCAUCUCCCAACUCUGGCCAUCCUUCCUUAUGAAACACACCAAUUAAUUCUUCUGUGCUUGCUGUCAACAUUUCAAUAUUUUAAAAAAUCAAGAACAGACUGGGAUAACAAUGGUUAAGGAUAUCGUACACAAAAAAAGAGUUUUAGUAGAAACUUUAUUCUGAAAUGUUUCAACAAUUCAGUAGUUGUGAUGAACUCGCCAUAUUCCAUUUACAAUUCUUGGUUGUGUGUGAAAGCAGCUACCAAAGUGUAAUUAUGCAGUGGUGGGCAUGAGAUGGCAAACUGCAGGAUCUGCAGUAUUUCCUCAGUGUCUUAUUUAAAUGAAGAAGCAGGGAAUUUUGACAAGAUCAGGGUUGUAAUCUUAUGGGCAAUUUUAUGUGCUUACCUCAUUGUUGGCUUUUUAAUCUUUGACAAUAAGAGUAACCUUUACAUCAUAAACAUUAAACUAUACUUUAAAUCAGAGGUAUGGCUGUGUUGAGGUUUGAAUGGUGUUCUUAAGACGUUGAGUGUCAUUUUUAUCAAAAUAUGAUGGCUGAGAUCAAUUUUGCUUAAACAACAAUCUCUGAGAAAAAGUUCCUUUAUGCAAAAAGUUCUUGUCAUUUAAAAAACUGCAUCUGUAUUACCUUUCAGAAACAUCACCUUUUGAAACUACUUGGUUCUUGCUCAUAUAGGGCAUUUUUGCUGUAUAAUUGCUGUAUGAAGUAUUCAGAAUCAACAGCAUUAUGGUAUUGCUUUCUGGGUAAGUUGUAAAGAUAAAGAGAUGGAGCAAGAUGAAUGGUCAACUUAAACCUAGAUACAGUAACUGUGACUUGUACUGAGUGAACUAUUUCUGGAUCCUACAGAGCGUGAUACAAUAGCAUUAAAAUUUCAUACGAAUUUCAGCUCAGCACAUUUUCUCAACUGAAUUGCUCAACUCCGCAUUUAACAACAUUUCCCUUCCUUUUCCUUAGUUUGUAGGUUUUGGCUGCAACAGAGCUAACACAGUUAUUGUAUCUGAAAUUACCAAUAGAUUUAGUUCUCAAUGUGGCCCUAUCUGAGAACACUUAAAUGCAAAGACUGGAGCCAUGAACACA